AUGCGUAAGUGUGGAUGUCACCAAGCAGCCGACUUCCUCAGGAUCAUCGACAUUGUCGGGCCUUACAUCUGUCUGGUCAAGACGCAUAUCGACGUCAUUGAGGAUUUCGAACCUUCUCUGAUAGAUCGCCUGAAAGAGUUGAGCACAAAACACGACUUCCUCAUCUUCGAGGACAGGAAGUUCGCCGACAUCGGGAACACCGUCGCCCUCCAGAUCAUCACCGGCCUCGCCUCCGUCGGCCAGCCGCUCGGGCGGGGGCUGCUCCUCCUCGCCGAGAUGAGCACGAAAGGCAACCUCGCCACUGGCGCAUACACCGCGCAGGCCGUCCAGAUGGCUCGCGCGCACCGCGACUUCGUCAUUGGGUUCAUCGCGAUGCGGCGCAUGGACGGCGUCGCGGCGUCGGCGCGCUCGAUGAGAAUGAGGACUUCCUCGUCUUGA